AUGCAGGCUGAAGCUGGGCGCGGUAGGAUGAAAGGACCUGGGCGGAUUCUCUCCCCAACGCCCCUUCUCCUACGUGAGCAGCAGCAGCCGCCGCCCGAGCAGCCGCCGCCGGGCGUGCGCAAGUGCGGCUACUUGCGCAAGCACAAGCACGGCCACAGGCGCUUCUUCGUGCUCCACGCCGCCAGCGACGGAGCCGCAGCGGACGAAGCGCCGCCUCAGCCCGCCCGGUUGGAAUACUACGAAAGCGAAAAGAAGUGGCGGAGCAAGUCGGCGGCGCCCAAGCGCUCAAUCGCACUCGACUCUUGCCUCAACAUCCACAAGCGGGCCGACGCCAAGCACAAGCACCUGGUGGCUCUGUACACGCGCGACGAGUACUUCGCGCUGGCAGCCGAGAGCGAGCCGGAGCAGGAGGCCUGGUACGUGGCGCUGAUGGAGCUGCUCCGCGAGAGCCAGCCCGCCGGCCACGGCUCCCCUCGGAGCGAGGAGCCGCCGCCGCCCGGGGCCUCGGCUUACCGCGAGGUGUGGCAGGUGACACUCAAGCCCAGGGGCCUCGGGCAGAGACGCAACCUUGCCGGCAUACACCGGCUGUGCCUAGCGGCGCGCACGGUAGGGCUGGUGCGCCUCAACUGCGAGCGGCCCUGCGUGACGCUGCAGCUCAUGAACAUCCGCCGCUGCGGCCACUCGGACAGCUUCUUCUUCAUGGAGCUUGGCCGCUCGGCCUCGACUGGGCCCGGCGAGCUGUGGAUGCAGGCCGACGACUCGGUGGUGGCGCAGAACAUCCAUGAGACCAUCCUGGAGGCUAUGAAAGCGCUGCGGGAGCUCGCCGAGUUCCGCCCGCGCAGCAAGAGCCAGUCGUCGUCGUCUUCGUCCAGUUCCCGACCCAUUUCGGUUCCCGGCCGGCGCCAUCACCACCCGCCCUCUCUGACGGCGCUGCCCCGCAGCCAGGCCGGGUUUCUCCGCCGGUCGUGUACGGACACUGUUGUGGCGGGCAGAAGCAGCGGGAACCGAAGCCGGACCGCGAGUGAGGGCGACGGGGGCAGAGCUGGUUCACUAGCUGACAGCCCCUCGGGCCCCGACGUUGGAGAGUCCCCGCUCGGCCGCUGGCACACGCCAGGUGCAGCCUGCUGCAGGCUCGGGAGCCAGACAACUGCGCCGCCCGGUCGCUCCCUUCCCUUGGUGCACUCGCCCUCCUCGGUUACAAAGCUGGCUAUGGAGCCAGGCAUGUUCUCCCAGCGCCCUUCCAGCAGCAGCACCUUGGGCUCCCCUAACGAACCUGCUAGCUUCCUGGCCUUUGAGGAGUUGGGUCCAGCCAUGGACCCUUCAACAGCUAGUAACCACAGCAACACACCUGAGACUCCUCCUGGCCUGCAGCUGGAUGGCUACAUUGCCAUGGAGCGGGGACACCUUUGUUAUUGGCCCUACAUAUGGGAGAGCAGUGGAGGGGACAAGGUUCCCAGGAAGCGCACUUACUCCCUGACAACACCAGCAUAUCGGCACCCCACGCCAACUUUUCUCUCCUCUGCCUCCCUGGAUGAGUACACACUGAUGCGGGCUACCUUACCAACAGCAGGGGCCUCUUCAAGGGGAACCUAUACUCCUUAUCCUGAGGACUACUGUGAUGUGGACAUUGGCUCUGGCGGCACCAGCAGCAGUAGCAGCUCACAUCUAGGUCGCAGUGGUAGUGGGGAGGAGGGCUAUAUGCCCAUGAGCUCUCCGGCAGCAGCUGUUUUGCAAUUGCAAGGUGGUCCUGGUGGUUAUAUGUCUAUGAGCCCCACCAGUGUGUCAGCCCCACAGCAAAUUUUGCAUCCUCACUCCCACAAGAACAGCAGUGAUAACUCCCUAGAUGACAGUGACUACAUGCGCAUGUUGGGUACUAGGUUGUCUGGGGAGAGUCCUGAUAGGAGAAUGACCAGUGGUGACUACAUUGACAUGUCCCCUUUGCUGUUGCCUCCUGUGCAUGGAUCUGCCUCACCUGUGCCCUCUCCUGAUGCCUUUGCAAGCCAGGGGCCAAGGGACCAGACCAGCAACUUCUAUAACCCACUAUCUGCCAGAGCCAGCCAAACUCAUGCCUGCCAGAGCCAGCCAAACUCUCUGGGUGAGAAAAAGAACAGUGACCAGUAUGUGUUUAUGAACUCACCUGUGGAGAGAUUAACUCUCACACCCAAAGGGGAGUCCUUCCUUGCUAUCUGCAACCACACAAUGAUGCCUUCACUCAUUUACUACAGCCAAACUGAGAGUUCUCUUACUCCCUUCAUGAAUGAGCAACCCCCUACAAAUGAACCACCAAGUCCCUGUGGAGAGUAUGUCAACAUUGGAUAUUCACUGGCCUGUGGCAGCUCAGCUUCCUCACUUGGCUCUGGGUUGAAUGAGCACAAUGAUUCCCUCAUCCCCAGCUAUAUGAACCUUGACUUUGAUGGGUCACAAUCAGCGGCUGUUGAAUCCUUGGAAGAUGUGCUGAUGCCAGGAUCCUGCCCUAGCCCUGGGCAGCCCGGCAAAUAUUACCUAAACAUUGAAAUGGAGACAACUUUUACAACAGCCACCCCAACCCAGCCCAUUUUACAGAAGCCAGAAAAUGUUCAUGUAAGCAGCCCUGUUACUGAAUUCAAGCAACUUACACUGUCUGGGGUGCAGGCCUUCAUCUUUGCUAGUCCUCCUGAUCCUAAUCAUGGAGCCAAAGUAAUCCGUGCUGAUCCUCAGGGACGACGGAGGCACAGCUCAGAGACUUUCCCCUCUACUACUACAGUGACGCCUGUUUCUCCUUCCUUUGCACACAGUCCCAAGCGACACAAUUCUGCCUCUGUGGAAAAUGUGUCCCUCAGGAAAAAUGGCUUGUUGGAAGAGCAGACCAGCAGCCCCAUGUGCCGGGAGACCUCAGCUGGCUUCCAGAAUGGCCUCAACCACAUUGCUGCUGAUGUCUUGGAAGGAGACUAUCUGGCAAGUGGUGGCCAAGGCAAGCACAAAUGCAAGCACAAGCACUCCUGUAAUGAAAGUGUCAAUGGUACUUACACCAGUAUAGACUUCUUGACCCACAAUUUGAAAGAAGCUUCUUCAGUGAAAGAAUGAAGAAACCAGUAUUACCACCAUGAAAAUUGCUUGAUGGAAUUUAAAACAUUUUAAAAUCCUAAUGCACUUUUUUCAGUUCCAUGGUUCUCAUUGUAUUGGAGGGGAAUUGUCCCAUCUCAUUCACUGAGUUUGCAACACUGCUGCUGUUUGCAUAAACUGCUGUUUGGACCUCUUCAGUAGGCUGAUUGAGUAAUUGCCAUUGUUUUUUUCAGCACAGUUGACUGUAUUUAUUUUACAACAUGUUAGGAGGCUGUGUUUUACAGCAGUAAAAUCUGGUUUUUUACUGGCACCCUUUCAAACCUCUACAGCACUACCUCAGUUAAAAGUGAAACUGGAUUUGUAAUGCUGGUGUAUAAUUGCUAGCAAUAUCUUUUAUCUCAGAGCUGAGUGUUGUCAUCAUCCUUAAUGAUCACAUCAAGAUUCCUGCUGCCGCCUGGUUGCAUCUUAGCCACUGGCUCCUCUGUUUAGUUAUCAGGCAAAGUCCAGGAUAGGAACUGAAAAAUUUAAGCUGAAACUAACUUUAAAGUUUAGGCUUUUUAUCAAAAUAUUUAUAAUGGUUUUAAAAUAUGUAAUGGAACAUAGUACAAUUAAACUAUACGAGGAUAUUAUUUUCCUUGUGACAUAGUUGUAUAAUUGUGUCUGUUUAGUUUUUUAAGUACAUCAGAAGUACUUAAGGUCUUCUGUUUGUAUGCUUUCAUUUAUCAGCUAAUCAUGACAUUAGUUGAAUUUCUUGUAACCAAAACCAGAUCAACAUGCUAAUGGAAGAGUAUUUGUUGUUUUUGGACCAAUUGAGUAUGUUCAGAACAA